UUCAAAUUCUUGGAUGUCCAAUUAUCAAAAUUUGGUUGCAGAACUCAUUGGAACUUUGGAGGACUUAAGAGAGAAGAAGGAGGAACUCAAGACUGAAAUUUAUGAAGAGGAGGAAGAAAGAAGACGCAUUGAGAAAGAAUUGGAGAUCCUCUCAGAAAGAUUAGAUCGAGUUAAUGGUACAAAUAGAUGAUCUAAUAAUUAUAAUGUAGAAACAAUCAUGAGGACAGCCACUGAGAAGAGAGAAUUAGAAAAGACCAUCCAAGAAACUGAACAUACCAAAAACAAGAUUGUGGAGAGUCUCAAAACUCUGUUGCAUGUCUUAUAAAAGGAAUCAUAAUAUCACAUCAAAGAACAAUGAUCACAUAUCUUCCAAC